AGGCUUUCGCUCAGUGCGUUUUCCAGAGUAUUUGUCUUUGUUGCAACUUGAAAGUCAGGGAAUGUGCUGCUACAGUGUCUUCCUCUGAAGUGUGAGAACCUCUUAAGUUUGUUUACAUCGAAGCAUAAAUAGCCAGAUUCUACUAUUGAUUUAGAAUGAACUCCUGGGUCCUGAAAAGAAGUGGUGGUCAACAAUACUGCAGACACUUUUUAGCAGGGAACGGUGUAUUUCACGUGGAAAGAUGUAUGGGGGUAAUGCAGUCGGGGACCCAGAUGGUGAAGCUGAAGAGCGGAAGCAAAGGCCUUGUCCGGCUCUUCUACCUGGAUGAACACAGGACCUGCAUCAGGUGGCGGCCUUCCAGGAAGAACGAGAAAGCCAAGAUUACGAUUGAUUCGAUUUCUAAAGUCUUAGAAGGCAGACAGUCUGAGAACUUUAACCGUCACACUGAGGGGAGUUUUGAGCCAAGCUGUUGCUUUAGUAUUUACCACGGCAAUCACAUGGAGGCACUGGACCUGGUCACUUCCAACCCUGAGGAUGCCCGCACUUGGAUAACUGGAUUAAAAUACCUGAUGGCCGGAAUCAAAGAUGAGGAUUCGCUUGCAAAACGACAGAGGACUCAUGAUCAGUGGAUGAAACAGACCUUUGAAGAAGCUGACAAGAAUGGGGAUGGCUUGCUGAGCAUUGAGGAGAUUUACCAACUGAUGCAUAAACUCAAUGUGAAUCUGCCCCGCAGGAAAAUCAGGCAGAUGUUUCAGGAGGCCGACACUGAUGACAAACAGGGCACGUUGAACUUCGAAGAAUUCUGCGUCUUUUAUAAGAUGAUGUCUCUCCGACGGGAUCUGUUUCUGCUGCUGAAGUCUUAUAGCGACAAAAAGGACCAUCUGACCUUGGAAGAGGUUGCUGUGUUUCUCAACAAAGAACAAAAAAUGGCCAACGUGACGUUGGAAUAUUGCAUGGAUAUUGUCGAGAAGUUCGAGGUGUCCGAGGAAAACAAGCAACAGAAUGUCUUGGGAAUCGAAGGUUUCACAGACUUCAUGCGCAGUCCCGCAGCUGAUAUAUUCAAUGCUUCUCAUUAUGAAUUGAAUCAGGAUAUGGAUCAGCCACUGUGCAAUUACUUCAUAGCCUCGUCGCACAACACGUACUUGACAGGAGAUCAACUCCUCUCGCAGUCCAAGGUGGACAUGUAUUCCUGGGUUCUGCAGGCUGGUUGCCGCUGUGUGGAAGUUGAUUGCUGGGACGGCCCUGAUGGUGAACCAAUCGUACAGCAUGGUUAUACCCUCACCUCCAAGGUACUCUUCAAAGACGUUGUUGAAACAAUCGACAAAUAUGCUUUCAUCAAAAACGAGUACCCUGUGAUACUGUCCAUUGAGAACCACUGCAGCAUCCAACAACAGCAAAAGAUUGCUGGCUAUUUGAAAGAUAUCCUUGGAGACAAACUGGACUUGUCCUCAAUACAAAUGAGUGACCCAAAGCAAUUUCCCACUCCUCAGAGUCUGAGAGGCAAGAUUCUUAUCAAGGGAAAGAAACUUGCUCCUGACGUUGGGGCCGAUGAAGAAGAAGGGGAGGUGUCUGAUGAAGACAGCGCAGAUGAAAUUGAAGAGGAUUGUAAACUGGAGCAAAUCAAUAGUAAUGGCACAAAUCAUCCUCAAAUGGAAUCCUUUAUCAGGAAAAAACUGGACUUUCUGCUCAAAGAAUCUCAAAUCCGUGACAAAGAGGAUCCAGACAGUUAUACAGUCUGUGCCCUGCUCCGGGCUACACAUGAGGGUCUGAACAUGAAUUUACAACAGAAAUCUGAGGUCAAGGAAAACGUCAAAAAAAAUCAAAACCGAUCAUUCAUCAGCAGCUUCUCCAAACACAAGAAAAGUGGAAAAUCCAAAGCCAAGUCGCACACUCCAGAAGAAGACGAGGUUCGACAGGAUUGCACAGGAAAGGAAACUGGGCAAUCGCACAGGAUGGGCCGCCGCAGGAAGACUAUGAAGCUUUGCCGUGGGCUUUCGGACCUGGUUGUGUACACCAACUCUGUGACCUCGCAGGACAUUUUGGGGCAAGGUACCGCCGGGAACAUUUUAUCCUUAAGUGAGACUCGAGCACAUCAACUCCUGCAACAGAAACCCGAACAGUUCAUGAAUUUUAACCAGAAACAACUGACCCGAGUCUACCCUUCAGCGUACAGGAUAGACUCCAGCAAUUUCAACCCACAGCCCUACUGGAAUGUCGGCUGUCAGAUGGUCGCUCUAAACUACCAGACUGAUGGCCGAAUGAUGCAAUUAAACCAAGCACUAUUCAUGGUGAAUGGAAAUAGUGGAUACGUCUUAAAACCCCAACUCAUGUGCCAAGGAGCUUUUAACCCUUUCUCUGAAGAUCCUCUUCAGGGACAACCAAAAAAGCAGCUGAUCCUGAAAAUCAUCAGUGGCCAACAAUUGCCAAAGCCUCCUUAUUCCAUGCUGGGUGACAGAGGAGAGAUAAUUGAUCCCUUUGUGGAAGUGGAAAUUAUUGGAUUGCCGGUGGAUUGUUGUAAGGAACAGACGAGAGCAGUUGAUGACAACGGAUUCAACCCUGUUUGGGAAGAGACCAUGACGUUCACGGUCCACAUGCCUGAAGUAACUCUGGUUCGCUUUCUGGUCUGGGAUCACGAUCCGAUCGGUAGGGAUUUCGUGGGUCAGAGAACGGUGGCCUUCAGCAGCUUGAUGCCAGGAUAUCGUCAUGUUUACCUGGAGGGCAUGACGGAAGCUUCAAUAUUUGUGCACGUGAUGAUCCACGAUAUUUAUGGCAAGACUCGACAACUCCUGGGACUCAAAGGCCUGUUCAACAAGAGCCCCAAGUAUUCCUUCAUGGACAACAACUGUGGCUACUUCAUGCGAAAGAAAUCCCUCGGGAAUCGGAUUCUCCGCCGCACCGCCAGCGCCCCUGCCAAGGGCAGGAAGAAGAGCAAAAGUCUGCUCCUGGAAACGCUGAGCGAAGCGAAAGAGCAGGAACCCGAUCUGUCCGACUCCCAGGAGAAAGGAACGCGAGCCAAGCGAGACACCAAAAAAACCCAAGCAAGACCCGUUUCCAUGCCGGUCGACAAGUUGCUCGAUGGAGAUAUGUCGCCACCUGCUGGUGAGAUGGAAGACGACCGCAGUGAAGUAAAACUGGAGCCACACUGGAGUAAACAGCGCUGUGCAGAUGAGCUUCUGGUUCGGCCACCUGGCAUUUCACCUCAUCGCGUUCCGUUAACAUCCUCGGAUAGAGACCUAGGGUCCCACUCGCAAGAAUUGACGGGGAAUAUUCUGGAAGCAUUGGCCGUGAAUUCAGAUCAUUCUUCACCAAAUAUCGUAGCUGACAACUGUAGUGUCUCGGUAAUGAAACCCUGCAACGGUCCCAUUGCUAACAGAUCGGUCAAACCUGACGAGAUGCGUGACCGGGGACCAUUGUGUAAAAGUGAGGAAUUGCGAGGUGAAGAUGUUCAGAUGUCAAUCGAGCACAUUGCCAUCAGACCUCAUCAAGAGCCAAGUCAACGGGCGACCACUUCCAUCUCACUUUGCUUCAAGGCCUUUGUGGAUGUGAAAGAGAAGCAUGAACCCAUUUUGUCUAAUGGUUCUGUGCAUGAUAUCACAAUCGCUUCCAAUUCUACCAUUGACCUGUCCUCCACUGUCUCCGUUCACAAUCUCGACACUUCACAAUCUCUAAGUAUGUCUCAGGACUGCACCAUCUCUCAUCUUAUUAAUGCCAUGUCCUUGUCCAAUGAGAGUGGGGUAGACAAUUCUAUCUCCGUGCUCAUUUCGCAGUUUGAAGCCACUGACGACCAAACGACAGUUUCAAGUUUCCUCGGAGCCAACAACUGUACGUUCAGCUCAGUAUCUGGACUGUCAGAGGUUCGCGGUUCAGAAACAAUUGCAACGAUGGACCCUCUGUACAGAGACAUAAAAGCCAAGAAGCAGUGUUUGAACACGACGACAGAUACCACAAUCUUCUCCAGCCCUGAAACAGCAGAACAUUCCACAUACACAAUCAUUCACGAUGACAUUCUCUCACCCCUUUCCUUCUACGCUGCUGAAGAUGCGAGAGGAGGAAUGGUGGAUGUGAGACAAGGUAACGCCUUGUAUUCUCCGUCCAUGUUUCCCAGCACUCCUAUCGGCUCGGGUGUUCCCACAAACCUGUGUGUUUCCAGUGACCGGGAAGCUUCCUGGGGCUCCCUGGAUGAUUGCAGUUUGUGCCACAGUACAACCUCCAGCGUGGCGUCCGAGGACACCAUUAUUAACAUGUCACUAAAUGUAGACUCUGUUAACAGCAGCCUCAUGGAAGUGAACGAUCUAGAAGUUACACUGAUGACCACAGAGAAUUAUGUCGAUGACCAGGACCCAGAGCAUCCGCCAGCAACAUGGGACCUUUACCCCACAACACGCCCGGGUGGUAUAAAUGGCAGUGAUCACUGGCAUCUGGAGAAGGUCCCGGCUUUAGAUGCAGACGACAAGGCCGUGUAUCGCUCACCGAAAACUGGUUGGAACCAAUUGCGUUCGGUUACAAGCAGGACCCCAUCGGAGAUCUGUUCCAUUGCCACUGCCAAUCAGUCCAGCACCUGUAAGUCCAAGAGUCUUGGAGAUCUGACCUCUGAGGACAUCACCUGCACGUUUGAAAGUAAAUAUAAAUUCAUCAGCAAAGGGUUUAUCGCGCCGGGCAUAAAAGACCGAGAACUGAUGUCUUCCCUCGGUGACGUGCCACAGCCCGCAGCGACUCUCACUGAGCAACUCCGCAAACUUGUGUCCAUGGAGCAGGAGGAGAACCAUGAGAGAGACCCUGUGUACAGAGGACAAGAGCACGGUAAUUACCAGAAGGGAUUGAUCAGAAAGCUUUCGUCCAGAAGCCAGAGUAGAGUGCGGUACAUUGCCAAUAGGGCAAAGCAGAUUCAGGAAGCAAACAAGCAUAGACUGGCCAAUGGUUGCAGCACCACCGGUGUGGUUUUUAGGAACAAACCCCCAAUACAGCACCACACAGUUAACAGGCACUCCACAGGCUCCUACAUCGCUGGGUAUCUCAACCAGUUAAAGGAGGAGAAAUUGGAAGGUCGAGGUAUCCCCGAGGGCUCUUGUACCUCACUCCAUCACAGAUACACUGACAGCUUCUACACAGAUGAUUCCACCUUGCAACCUGAGCCCAACUCUGUCAGCGAACCGGAAAUCUAUUUCUUACUCCGACUGUGAUUUCACCUGUAAAAACACUUAAACGCAAACGUUUAUGUUGAAAGUUUCUCGUCUUUGGUCCAUUUCCUCAACAUCCCAACAACCAAGUUGUCUUCUUUCCUGAUUAAGACUUUCCGUUUCUGUGCCCAAAGUGUAGUGAAUCUUGAACAUACAGAAGUGCGUAGAUUCUGUAGUUGAAUUACCAGUCCAUGUGUGUGUCCGUGUGUGUAUACGUACGUACGUGCG